AUGGAAAGAAUCGAGCGAUAUCAAAAGAUAGAGAAAAUCGGAGAAGGCACCUAUGGUGUCGUUUACAAGUCCCGAGACCGAAACACAGGAGAAAUAGUUGCAUUGAAGAAGAUCCGACUCGAGUCAGAAGAUGAAGGGGUCCCAUCUACAGCAAUUCGUGAGAUCUCAUUGCUCAAAACCUUAAGACACCCAAAUGUGGUGAAGCUUCAUGACGUGGUUCACACAGAUCAAAAGUUAUAUAGGCAUAUCCCUAAGAUAUCCCAAUAUGGGCGAGGGAAAGAGGCCAAAACUUCCUACUUGUCCGGCCAACUCAAGUUGGCCGAGCCAAGUGGUAAGUGGCGAAUGAACCUCCUUUCACUUGGUUCGGCCAAUUCGAGUUGGCGGACCAAGUGAGAAGUUUUUGCUCUAUCUCUCGUCCAUAUCGGGCUAUCUUAGGGAUAUGUCUAUACUUGAUAUUUGAGUUCCUUGACCAUGACCUAAAAAAGCAUAUGAACGUCUUAGGCUCACCAUUACCUCCUAUGACAGUAAAAAGUUUCCUAUACCAAAUCCUUUCUUCAUUAGCCUACUGCCACACUCAUAGAGUCCUGCAUCGGGAUUUAAAACCUCAAAACAUCCUUAUUGAUCUACAAGGAAGUGUCAGACUUGCCGAUUUUGGUUUGGCAAGAGCUUUUGGUCUGCCUAUUAAAACAUAUACCCAUGAAGUGGUUACACUUUGGUAUCGUGCCCCAGAAAUCCUAUUAGGAGCUAGGCAAUAUUCAACACCUGUAGAUAUUUGGUCAGUCGGAUGCAUUUUUGCAGAAAUGGCUCAAAAAAGGGCGCUGUUUAUGGGAGACUCAGAGAUUGAUCAGCUUUUUAAGAUUUUCAGGGUGCUUGGGACGCCAUGUGAAGAAACGUUUCCUGGGGUUACAGGGUUUCCUGACUUUAAACCUACUUUUCCGAAAUGGAGAGCGCAGAAUAUAGCAAGAUUUGCUUCAAAUCUUGAUGAGAAUGGCAUUGAUUUGCUAUCAAAAAUGGUAUGCUAUGAUCCAGCCAAAAGAAUUUCAGCUAAAGCUGCAAUGCUGCAUCCAUAUUUCAAUGAUCUAGACACUUCGUGCCUAGCUCCAUAUAAUAUAUAA